AUGUUCCGUCGUGCUGGACAGUCGCUCUCGUCUGCAGCUGGGCGCCGGGCGUUCUCGCAGUCCGCGACCCGCCGCAACCCUUACGACGCGACCAUCCAGAACCUACUCAUCAACAAGGACACCAAAGUCCUCUGCCAGGGCCUCACCGGGAAGACUGGUACUUUCCAUGUCAAGGAGGCGCUCGCGUACGGCACAAACAUGGUCGGUGGUGUCUCCCCCAAGAAGGCGGGGCAGACCCAUCUCGGCCUCCCCAUCUUCGGCUCCGUGAGGGAGGCCGUCCGGGAAGUUCAACCCGAUGCGACCGUCCUCUACGUCCCCCCUCCGUCUGCCGCGGAUGCCAUCAUCGAGGCGAUUGAGAACGAGAUUGGCCUCAUCGUCUGCAUUACGGAGGGUAUCCCCCAGCAGGAUGAGAUCAAGGUUUGGAACGCGCUCAAGAGCCAGUCCAAAUCGCGUCUCGUCGGCCCCAACUGCCCCGGUAUCAUAAACCCCGAGGGCUGCAAGAUGGGUAUCCAGCCCGGUGCCAUCCACACACCCGGCCGCAUUGGCAUCGUCUCGCGCUCGGGCACGCUCACGUACGAGGCUGUCGCGCAGACGACUGGUGUCGGCCUCGGUCAGUCGCUCGUCGUCGGUAUCGGUGGCGAUCCUUUCCCCGGCACCAAGCAUAUCGACGUUGUAAAACUGUUCCUCGAUGACCCCCGGACCGAGGGUAUCGUCCUCAUUGGGGAAAUCGGUGGUAGCAUGGAGGAGGACGCCGCGGAGUACCUCGAGAAGUACAACAAGACGCGCGCGAACCCGAAGCCUGUCGUCGGCUUCAUUGCUGGCCGCACUGCGCCGCCGGGCCGUCGUAUGGGCCACGCCGGUGCUAUUAUUUCUGGUGGCAAGGGUGCGGCCUCGGACAAGGUUGCGGCGCUUGAGAAGGCUGGUGUGAUGGUCACCGACAGCCCCGCCAAGAUCGGUUCCAUGAUGCUCAAGGCCAUGCAGGCAGCCGGCCUUGCGUAA